UUUCUACCUCCUUUUCCUUCUCCUAAUUUUAGUACAAUUUUUUUUCCCCAGAUGUGAUCGUCUGUCUCGAGACCCCAGAAAUGGGUUUUUUUUUCAUCCAUUAAUGGGGUCUCUUAGUUCUUACUCUUCUUAGUAAAUUUCGGGAAUUGUUUUUUUUGGGCUAGUUGAUCGUUGUCAUAGAUGAACCGUAUAGGAUUUGGAUAUGAGAGGAACCCAUUAUUUUCUUUAACGAAUUUUUUUUGGAGAUACGAGGAUCGGAUUCCCAAUAAUGGAGUAGAUAUUUUGUAGAGGAUGCCAUCAUUGGAAUUUAUGCUUUGCAUCGAUGGAUUUAAGGCGCAGCAAAAGAUGCCACGUGGUCAUGGAAGAAUCUCUAGCAAUGUUGAAAAUUUUGAAGGUAGAAGAAACCAUUCUCUUCGUAGAAGAUAUCUAGAUAAGAGCAAUUGCAAGCUUUCUUCCGAGGAACGUCCGAUAUCUGCACUUGUCCUGGGAAAUAGUGAGCAAAGCAGGUGCAUUUUUGUCACAUUGGUUGGCCCAGAACUUGAUGCAUACUGCAAGCUGGCAACCAUUUUGCAUUCGCUUCAAAGUCCAGAUCAGAAAAAGCAUUUUCCAUCUGAAGCUCCUUCUGAGUCUCCACCAACAAUAAUUUUCCUGUUUAACCUGCAGAAAGAACAUAGCACCAACCUUUCUGAAAAUAUAUGUUCCUCAGAGUCUUCUUCAGUCUGCAGCUCUUCUGGAUUGAAUAAUAUGGGUCAAUCUCGCAACAGGCACAAGAGGACCAAGCCUCUCAAGGAUUCCUCCAAUAUUUCUACAUCUAGAUGUUUGGCAGGGGAUACAUCUUCUGGUUCUUUCUGUGAUAGUUUGAGCCCGCUUAGUUCCGAUGACUUGAUGAAUGAUAUCUCUAAGGUGGAAGAGCCUCUGAUAAGAAGUUCAAAAAAGAAAGGUAAAAAGAAGGGAAAACAUUACAAAAGGUCCAUAAGCAAAAGAGAUUCAAACAUUGUCAAAACCUCAGAGAACUCGUCUGAAAAGUCAAAUAUUCCUUCUACCUCCCUAGUUGGAGAUAUUACUAAAGAGAAAGAUGUCAGUGAAAGUAGCAAGUAUGUAGAUGGUUCAACAACUAAGAUGUCAUGUAUAUCAUACAAUGAUGAAAUGGAGGAGUCCAACGCAGUGGAUUCCCGAUCUCAUGAAGCCCUCAACAGUAACUGCCCUGGGGAGCUGAAAAACAUAUCUGGUGCAAACCAGCCUUCUCGGAGAACACCUUCUGUUUAUCUGAAUACAAAAAGUCCCAGCCCAAAACAAAGCAUCAAUUACACUGAUAGUUCAACAAGCAUUUCCUGUGAUUUGUAUGAUAACAAUGCAUUGGUAGGCUCAUGUCACGAUGUGGCAACAAGAUUACCAAUCAAGAAUAGAACAAGUCUCGAUAUAUCACAAGAGGUCGAUUUAGAUUCCAAGACAUGUGAUUCUUCACUCCAUAGGAGUACUGUAGACUCACCUGUUGUCACUAAUGGAGUUUCAAAUGAUUCUUGUAACAACGACACUUAUUAUAACAGUUCAGAAAGAGCUCCAUGCAGCAACCAUGCCUGCAGCAGUAAUGACUUCCAUCCUGUGUUAUAUGGAAAGAGAGCUCGGGCAGCUAGAAAGUCAACUUCUCAUGCAGGAAAAGACAAUCAUCCUGUUUGGCAGAAGGUCCAAAAGACGGAUAAACAACAUUUCAUCAAUGAACCAAAGAAUGCCUUUAUUGUCUCUAAAAAAGUUGACAUGCCUUCUAAGGAUUCUGGUUCAAGGUCAAGACAAAAUGCAUCUUCAGGUCUCCAUCAGAAAGCGAAAUCUAGCAAAUAUUCUUAUUCAUAUGAAGGAGUUGGUGAAACAUCUAAAUCAAGUGAAAGUAAUGACAAAAAGAAAUUUACUUCUGUUCCUAAGCAGAUAAAUCACUAUUCAAGGAAGGGAUCUCAUAAUAGUACAACUACAUUUGCCAGGCCUUCUAAACUUCAUGUUCAGCAGAAAGAAGAAUUGAAGAUGUUGCCAGUGAGCCAUGAUGAACACACUAGCAGUGGAAGCUCUCCUCUUAAUACUCAUUCUCCAGUAUCUGUGUCUAAAUCAAUUGAAAAUUUUGACUUCUGCCCAUCCAUACAACAACAGAAAAAGGAGGAUAUCAGUGAAGUGCCAUUAUCUGGAAAUACUUGCAGUAUGGAAGGGAAUAUGACUUUGUCAAUUGAAUGCAAACAAAUAGACCCAUCUUUAUCGGCAUCAGAUUCUUCAGAUCAGAUUGGUUUAAAGGGUCAUGGGAAUAUGCAUGAUGACUCUUAUCUUAUGGAUAUAAAUGACAAUCAAUAUAAUAAUCUACAAGAUGAAUGCUCUCAUGCAGAAUAUCGUGAGUCAGACAAUAAUUGUGGACCUGUAUUACAGAAAUGGGUCCCUGUUGGAAGAAAAGACGUAGCUGUAUCCCAAAUUGGACAUUUAGAGAAUUUGAUAAUUUCAGUAACAGAUGACUCAAUGUCUAAUGUGAUAGAGAGUAGGAACACUGAGGUAGAGGUGAGUUCUGAGGUUCGAUACCUUGUCCCUCUGAAUGGAACAGAGAUGCAGUGUGCUAGCCGAAGUGGUGAUGAUGCCGAUUGUUCUUCUUCUGGAACUGAUAUAUUGAGUGACAAAUUUAUGGGUUGCUCUCAUAGAGAUGGAGGUCUGCGUGAUGAGAAAGAUGAACAAGUUUCAGAAGUUGAGUCUGAUUUAGGCAGGAUAGUUCAUGCUGUUAAUGAUGCUUACAGAUUACGAACUGCAGCUGGUAUUCACCUGAUCUCUGGCAGCCCUGUUGCUGAAUUUGAGAGAUUCAUGUACUCUUGUUCUCCGAUUCUUAGUCGAAGGCAUCAUAGAAGAAUCUGCACAACUUGCUCUGGGGAACAAGAAACUAGUAACUCAAUGUGCUCACAUCGGAUGCAUAAAAUAUAUUUGGCAAGCCUUUGGCAGUGGUAUGAAGAACCUGGGUGUUAUGGUUUAGAAGUUAAGGCUGCUGAAUUUAGAGCAUAUUUUGUACCUUAUCUUUCAGCCAUUCAACUAUUCAGACAAUCAACUUGUAGUUAUACCAGCUCCAGCAGAGAGUUGAUGGUAUCUUCUGAGGUUGAUAAGACAUCAAGAUCUUCAUCUAAUGUUUCCUCCCUUCCAAUAUUGUGCAAGCUACUUCCCCAGCCUCGUAAAGAAGUAGAUUCAUGCCUUUUAGAGUCUGCAUCAUCUCCCAUAAGUGAAUUUAGUAAACAAUCAGCUGAAAGUACAAAUCUGAUUGACGAGGAGCUCAUUUUUGAGUAUUUUGAACAUGCUCAACCUCCACAGCGAAGACCAUUAUUUGAGAAGAUAAAGGAGCUGGUUAAUGAUGGUGGAUCAUCUAACAGCCAAAUGUAUGGAGAUCCAUCGAAGCUGGAAUAUUUGAGUCUACAUGAUCUCCAUCCGGCCUCAUGGUAUGCUGUGGCCUGGUAUCCUAUAUAUCGUAUACCUGAAGACAACUUUCGUGCUGCAUUUUUAACUUACCAUUCCCUUGGUCAUUUUAUUCAUCAAAGUCCUUUAUCUACUACAGCUGGUGAUUUUACUCAUGUAAUCUCUCCAGUUGUGGGCCUCCAGAGUUACAAUGCUAAGAAGGAGUGCUGGUUUCAACCAAGGGACUUGAAAGAAGAAUCCUCGAGUUUAUCUCCUUUGAAACUUAUGGAAGAGAGACUGAGAAUACUUGAGCAUACUGCUUCUGUGAUGGCAACAGCUAAAGUUCAAAAGGGCGAUCAUCUAUCCAUCAACAAUCACCCUGAUUAUAACCACUUCUCCUCCCGUUGGUAAAAGAAUUAGUAGAGCUGACCCGAAUGCCUCGUUCCCCUUUUUUUUUCCUCCUGAGGCAAGAAUCUAAUCUUUCAGAAGGAAAUGCAAGCUCAUGACCUGCUUUUUAGGCAUCUGUAUAUAAAUCUCCAUAUAGCUCAGAUUGUAGGAAACUCUAGGGCUUUCGAACACUGCAGCUAGCUUCAGGCAUGAUGUUUCUAGAAAAUUUAAUUGGAAGGUUAAAUUUUGGCUGCUAUCAACAAUAGGUAUUUGAAGGCAAGCAAUGGGAAUGGAAAUCUCGACAAGCAGUUUUUAUGGUUUAGAUUUUCAUUUGGUACCCGUAUCAACUCAUAUGCCAGUAUAUCUGCAGAUUAGUGUUUAGUUGUACUUUUGGUUAGAUUUUAAUGGCAGUAUACUAGCAUCUAGCUCAAUGUUAUCUGUUGACAAAGCAGUGGGUAUUUUACAACGU